UAUUACUAUUAUUAUUAUUAUUACUAUCUCUUUUCUCUUGUCGACAAUACCGAAGGACUAACUGGCGAAAGGAUCAACUCCAAUCACAGUAGUAACAGUCUUAACAUACCUCAUACUACAAACCACAUAUAAUUAAUCCCAGCACUACUCCCUUUGGAGUCAACCAAAGCUACGACAGUCGAGUGGCGGGACAAGCUACGCAGAAGUUUACCGAAGAUCAAGAACCUAUACCUCACAAUCAAGAAGCGAGCACAAAGAAAUCAAAUUGGUUUAUACUAGCUCGUAAAAACGAUAUUGGAUAUUGGAUAUUGGAAUACCUCUCCUCCCCUACUACAUCAGUUAAGUGGUAGCACAAACUGCGCAGAAAUUAACCGAAGACCAGGAACCCUUACCUGACACCCAAGAAGAAAGUACAAAUAAAUCAAACCUGUUCACACUAGUUCAUAAAAAUGACAUUGGAUAUUGAUAGGAUGGCAGACGGUUUUGACGUGCAUGCUAAGAAUACCAGGAAAUUUAUAGAAGAUGAGGCUAAUGAGACUAUUGAGAGAAUGCUGAGAUGUCGGGAUUCGUAUAGAAGGCAGUUAAUUGAGUGUAAACAUUACAUAGAAGAACAAGUAGCAUUUUUCUUCGAGGGGCUCGAAGCGACAUUUCUUCAACUUGAAAAUGAAGUUGAUGAACUUGUUAAAAAGAAGAUAGCAAGUCUCGUGGAAACUCUUGAAAAUAUCGAUACACUCUUAACUGAAAUCAGUACAUGCAAAAGUACUGUUUCCAAGCUAAAUAGCAUGUUGACUGGAAAAGAAAAUUACAAUUGAAAUGAAUUAUAAAUUUUGAAAGUUCAAAUAUACACUACUG